AAAGAAAAAUCGUUGAAACAAAUCAGUCCGCUGACGGCCUGGAGGCUAAAAACUCCAAAAUUUUGGUCUUGAAGACCCCAUAAACCCUAACAAUGGUCUCUCAGGAAAUACCAAUCGAUCCAUCACAGUUCUUCACAAAUUUCUCUGCAACCCAACAACUCCUCCCUCCAAAUCCGACAGCCGCCACCGCCCCCAAAACUCAACAACUCCUCCCCUCCCUCAACAGGCUCCGCUCUAAGGACCGGCACAAGAAGGUGGAGGGCCGUGGCACCCGAAUACGUAUUCCUGCGGACUGUGCAGCACGUAUCUUUCAACUGACCCGAGAGCUAGGCCACCGCACCAGUGGCGAGACCAUAGAGUGGCUUCUCUAUCACGUUCCCGCCUCCGACUUCCCCACAACCACCACCGCAGCCUCCACCUGUUCUGAUACUAUAGCAGUUACUGCUAAUUCUUCUCUGCAUGUUAUGCCUUCAGCAACCAGUAAUGCUGCUUCUAAUUCUUCUAGUUCUUCGCCUUGUUCAAAACAGAAGAUAUCAAAAUCAAAGAAGACUAAUACGCCUUUGCAUGUUUCUUUAAAUUCUUGCGCCUCUGUAUCUGGUAGUUCUUUUCCUGCCUCAAAUUCUUUGGAUGCUGUACUUUUAUCAACACCCAUAAGAAGAGAAUCAGAAAUAGUAAGAAUGCCAAUGGCAGUGGUGGAGCCAGAGAGGAAGAAAGAAGAUUUGAGGGGUGAAUUUGAUUUGUUUCCUGGUGCAAAUGGGAGUUUGCCCAACAUGUCUUUCACUUCCUUGUUAAUGCAGUUGGAGAGGGAGGAUUAAUGAUUAUGGCCAAUUAUACAUAUUAUUGUGAUGAAAAUCAAUGUGAAGAUCUCAGUUUUGCAGACUUGUGUAUUUCAUCAAACCUGGGUAAUAGUUUUUUCGCUGUUCUGUUGAAACAGCACUGCAGAUUGGUGAGAUCUAGUAGCAUCUAGUGUCCAAGCAUGUGUACAAGGAAGAUAAUUACAAGAAGUGAAAAUCUACAGGUUCUGGUUCUUUAACUGCAGAGGAACACUGCAUUUUUCAAGAUGAAUCAUAGAUCAAGCUGAACUAGCUUACACAUACAUAUUCUCUGUAAGAACUUUGGUCUUAAUUUCCAAUAAUAGCUGAAUAAAAAGUCAUUAUUGUAGUGUCAGAGUAUGAGAAAUAAGCAAAUAUGCUGUGAAUAUAAUAUCUGCAUGUAGUUCAGAAUUUGCCAAAAUUUACCCAUUAAAAUAACUAGAACUGUACAGAAAACAAAGCAUGAAUUAAGUAUGUCUCAUCAAGAAACAACAGUAGCAAAAACAAACCAGCUUUCUCUCUGCAGACAUUUCCAUAAAUAUCUUUAUUGCUUUUAUGUAUGUUUGCAUCUGCCUCUUACUCCUGGGAUGGCUUGUUGUUGGAGUGGAGAUUGUUAAUUACAGGUUAUGUUCUGUGAAAGAAAAUCCUUACCACCAUUGCUGUUGUGAGGCUAAGCAGAUACGGUAGCGUUUGCAGAGGAAUCCACAUUGCAUUUCCUGGAAAAGAAUUUGUAUGAGCACAUCCAUUCCCUUGAGCUUUAACUUUCUUGCUGAUCUUUCCUUAUAAAAUAAGGUGAGGCCAAGGAAAGUAAGUUCUCAUAUGAGAACUGGUAGUAUUGAUUUUAGAUCAAGUCUUCUGAAAGUCUCAAUGUUAAAGUCAACAUCGGUAAGUAGUAUGCUAUUUGCUCAGACAAGAUUUAUGGGAGAUUGUAUGAGGCUGAAAUAUCAUCUCCAAGACUUACCAAAAACCUUAAGAAACGGAAGGGUGAAAGAUUUUGUGAGAUGUUUAUGGGGUUGACAAACUCCAGAACGCAAAAGGCAGUGUUGAUUCUUCAAAAAGUUCCAUUAAUGGCUAACACAAUGAGGAACCUUCUUGUUCUUCAAUUGUUCAACUAAAAUACAGAUCAAACAUACUUCUAUGGAUUCUGUGUGCAGGGUCAAGAACAAGCAUUAGCAAUUCUUUGAGUUUUGUACACUAUUUUUGUUUAUAAUUUAUUUUUUCUGAUUUUCAGCA